AUGGCUUCCAAUCAAGAGGCUGCCAACGCGCUGAAGGUGCAGGGCAACAAGGCCUUUGCUCAGCAUGAGUGGCCAGCUGCUAUCGACUUUUAUAGCCAGGCAAUCGAGAAAUAUGACCAAGAGCCGUCCUUUUUCUGUAACCGUGCUCAGGCCCAGAUCAAGCUCGAGGCGUUUGGUUACGCUGUCGCCGAUGCCACCGCGGCUUUGAAAUUGGACCCGAACUACGUCAAGGCUUACUGGAGACGUGCCCUUGCCAACACCGCUAUCUUGAGCUACAAGGAAGCCCUAAAGGAUUUCAAGGCAGUUGUGAAGCGUGAACCCGGAAACCAAAAUGCGAAGUUGAAGUUGGCAGAAUGCGAGAAGCUGGUGCGCCGCAUAGAAUUCGAGAAGGCUAUUGAGGUCGCGGACCCGCCUUCCGCCUUCGAGGGUUUGGACAUUGAAGCGAUUAAGGUCGAAGAUGGAUAUGAUGGAGUGCGCCUGGGCGGAGAGAUGACACAGGAAUUCAUUGACGACAUGAUUGAGCGAUUUAAGAACGGCAAGAACAUUCACCGCAAGUAUGUUCUGCAGAUUAUCAAGGCUACCAAGGAGCUUGUUUACAACGAGCCGACAAUGGUGGAAAUUGGCGUCGAGGCCGGCAAGAAGUUGACUGUCUGCGGUGAUACUCACGGACAAUUCUUCGAUCUCCUGGAGAUCUUCCGUCGCAACGGCUCACCCUCCGAUACCCACGCCUACCUGUUCAACGGUGACUUCGUGGACCGCGGCUCAUGGUCGUGUGAAAUUGCCUUGCUUCUUUACGCAUACAAGUGGUUCCGACCCAACGGCCUCUUCCUGAACCGUGGAAACCACGAGACAGAUGACAUGAACAAGGUCUACGGAUUCGAGGGCGAGUGCAAGGCGAAGUAUAACGAGCGAGUCUUCAAGGUCUUCUCUGAGUCAUUCUCGGCCCUCCCUCUGGCCACCCUGAUUGGCGAGAAGUACCUUGUCCUACACGGUGGUCUUUUCUCCGAUGAUAAGGUUACUCUCAACGAUGUCCGCAAGCUGAACCGUCACAACCAACGGCAGCCCGGUCAGCAAGGUCUGAUGAUGGAGAUGCUCUGGACCGAUCCCCAGCCCCAGCCCGGUCGUGGACCUAGCAAGCGUGGAGUCGGUAUGCAGUUCGGUCCCGAUGUUACCAAGCGCUUCUGCGAGGCCAAUGGUCUCAAGGCUAUCAUCAGGUCCCACGAGGUGCGCAUGGGCGGUUAUGAGGUGGAGCACGAUGGUCGCUGUAUCACCGUCUUCUCUGCACCCCGUUACUGUGAUUCGACCGAGAACAAGGGAGCUUAUAUUAACAUCGGACCCGAGCUCGAGCUCGCUUAUGAGGUGUUUGAGGCCGUUCCUCACCCAGAUAUCAAGCCUAUGGCAUACGCACAGAACUCAAUCCUUUCACAGAUGAUGUGA